CACAAGAGACCCAUAAUGAACACUGCCAUUACCAACCAUCCCUCUUCCUCAUCGCCAUCACCCUCGCCUUCACAACUCUCCCCUCCCCGCCAUAACCGCAUCCAAGAUCUCCCAUUUCAGACAACCUUUGGGGCAAAGUUUCAACCUUUGAAGCUUCUCACACAUCCCCACUUCCGCUUCCUCAUAUUCCUCUCCAUACCUUCCCUCUACUUCCUCCUCUCAAACCCUACUCACCGAUCCUUCUUCCCUCUCGAUCUCUUCUACAUAAUCAUCUUCUCAGCAUUGCUAUUGCUCUCUCUCAACCUAGCACUCCCGCGACUACCCUCAAUCCGCUUGUUCCUCGCUCGAUCACUCCCCACAAAGCUGUCUUCAUCAUUUUCCACCUCAAACACUCACCAACCCGUUCUAUGGUCCAUUGGGUCCAACCCCAGGAACCAAAAGAUCCCAAGUUCAGGUUUUUAUGCUCAAAUUUAUAGCAAUGGUGAUGUGUAUGAGGGUGAGUUCCACAAAGGGAAGUGUUCAGGAAGUGGGGUAUAUCACUACCAUAUGAGUGGAAGGUAUGAGGGAGAUUGGGUUGAUGGAAGGUAUGAUGGCUAUGGUGUUGAGACAUGGGCAAGAGGGAGCAGGUAUAGGGGAAUGUAUAGGCAAGGUUUGAGGCAUGGUGUUGGAAUCUAUAGGUCCUACAGUGGGGAUGCGUAUGCUGGUGAGUGGUUCAAUGGGCAGUGCCAUGGCUUUGGAGUUCACACUUGCAAUGAUGGGAGCAAAUAUGUUGGGGAGUUCAAAUGGGGUGUUAAACAUGGGAUUGGCCAGUACCAUUUUAGAAAUGGAGACUUCUAUGCCGGCGAAUAUUUUGCGGACAUGAUGCACGGUUUUGGAGUGUACCAAUUUCAGAAUGGUCAUCGCUACGAAGGAGCGUGGCAUGAAGGAAGAAGACAAGGGCUGGGAAGUUAUACUUUCAGAAAUGGGGAAACACAAUGCGGUCACUGGCAGAAUGGGAUUCUUGACGAUCUGAAAAUGCAGAACAAUCACACUGCUUCUCCAUGUGCUGUGGACCAGGCCAAGGUUUUCAAUGCAGUCAAUGAUGCACAUUCUGCUGCUGAGAAAGCUCAUAACUUGGCGAAGGUAGAUGUUGGGGUGAAUAAAGUGGUGGCUUCGGCUAAUAAAGCAGCAAACGCGGCCAGAGUUGCUGCCAUAAAGGCCGUACAAAAUAGGAUGCAUCAUAAUAACAAGUAAUACUUACCAUCCUUUCCUCAACCAUGUGGCAACCAGAAAAUGAUGAUAUCAUCUCGGUGUCAUAUUCCAUUGGAAGCUACAUGAAUAUUUUCUUACAUAACAUAUGAGAAAGAAAACAAAGGAAGCAGAAUGAACUCAGAAAGAGGAGAAUCAUAAUAUUUAGGACUAAUGAUAUCUCCUCUGAAAAAUGUGAUAUUACAAGCUUGCUUUCACAUUGCCUUUUAUCAAGGUGCAGCUACGAUGUGUGCCUCUUUGGAACCACUUUCUGUGACUCUGAUUCAAAUCAGUGCCACAGAUUGUGGAGCAAAUAGGUUCAUCACUUUUCAGUGGCUGUGAUGUAUAGGAAGAAGAGUAAAGAAUAAUAAUAGUGUGUUAGAGUUAUUACAGUGCACUAGUCUUUCCAUUUGGGCUGCACUGCAGUUUUAUAUAGUUGUUACGACCAAACAAGUGUUUGUGUUUGGUGAAGAGUCGUAUAAAGUUACGAAGCUCAAUUUCAAUAUCAUUUAUGCUUGUCUCAGACUAAUGCAACCAUAUAUAAUGAUGUAUGAUUUGUGAUGCCAAAGUGCAGUGAAUAUAAUUUUAGUACAGGAGUUCAGCUAACAUAGAGGACAUAUAUUCAUUUAAGGAUUUCUUU